AUGGAUCUGGCUUAUGAUCACAUCACAGAAGAUGGCUACGCUAAGAAGACGGAGGAGCCCAAGAGUCCUCAACCGCAGUCAACCCUGAAUGAGGACCUUCAAGACGCAUAUAAGGCCUUUUCCAACAGUCCAUGGGGUGCCAGGAUUGGUGGCUUCUUUGGUAAUGUUGUGAAGCAGGGCGAAUCAGUAUAUACACAAGCCUCCAAGGAGUUGGCGGAAGUAGGUGAAGAUGCAUCAAAGGGACUUACUGGCCUUCGAUCAACAAUUCUAAGCCAUACGAGGAACCUUUCACUCAACACCGUUGUUGGCGGUGAAAGCUCAAGCUCCAGGGACGCUGAGAAUGAUCAGGCUACCACACCUAGGGCGUCACAGGAUGGUUCUUCAGAGGUCAAGCAGUCCGAGAACACCCUGGCUCGCCUCAGAGCUGAAGCUGCCAAGAGAUUAAAGGAUCUUCAGAAAGCCGAGGAUGCCGCUGAUGAAGCCCUUAUCAAGUUUGGCGGCAACAUCCGGAACUUCCUUCGUGAUGCUGUCAGUAUUGCACCUCCACAGGAGUCCGACCAGAGCGGCACUGUCCUCUUCGAGAGUAAGGAUGCUCAAGGCAAGCGUGUGAUUCAUACAUCGAGAUUUGAUGCUCAACUACACGUUAUUCACACAUCGACGGAGAGUUUCACAAAAGAUCCUAAUAGUGCUGAUUAUGCGGCGUGGUCAAAGGAUUUUGAUGCUGAUAAGAAAACACCUGAAAUCAAUGAUGAUCUACAGAAAUUCCCCGACUUGCGAGCAACUAUGGAGAGGUUGGUUCCUGACCAGGUUCCCUACGUUGACUUCUGGAAGCGCUAUUAUUUCCUUCGUCAUGGUAUUGAGACAGCUGAGGCUAGACGACGAGAUCUUCUCAAAGCUGCCUCCGCUGAGGAUGAUGUCGCCUGGAGUGAUGACGACUCCGAUGAGGAUGACUCUGACGCUUCCGAUGAUACCAGUACACCUGCGGCUAAGUCCAAGGUUGAGACCAAGGCUGAGACCAAGGUUGAACCCAAGGAUGAGCCCAAGACUACUCCAGCUGUCCCCUCCGCCACCGCUGCCUCUGCCACCACUGCCGCCACUACCCAACCUGCAAAAACCCUCUUGAAGCCAACUGAGCCCCGUAAGUCAAACGACGAGAAGUCACAGGCGGAUAGCGAGGCUAGCUACGAUGUUGUCGGUGCAGCAUCUGGCAAGACAACACAGACUCCCAAUAGCCCCAAGGACCCCAAGGACGCCAAGAAGAAGGAGGAGAGCAGUGACGAGGAAGAUGAUAGUGACGAAGACGACUCAGAUAGCGAUGAGGACUGGGAGUAG